UGUAUGAAGACAAGCUCUUGGAGGGGAAGGUUUACUUCAUUGCUAAUUUUUCUGUUGUUAGAAACACUAAGGGGUACAGGCCCACUAAUCAUUCAUUCAAGAUUACUAUGGGUUAUCGGACCUAUGUCAAGGAAAGAGAAGCUGAUAUCCCUGAAUAUUCAUACAAUUUCUUACCUAUUUCUGAGAUUAUUGAGCUCACCCGACAGAAUAACAUUGAUUAUCUGAUUGAUGUUAUUGGAUUUGUCACCACCGUUGGAUCUCUUGAAGAGUGCCAUUUCAAUUCUGAGACAAACAAUAGGAUACGCUUGACUUUAUCUGAUAACCUGGAAAAUUCUGUUUCUUGUGUUUUGUAUGAUGAGUGUGCAACAAAUGUGUGCAUGACUGAUUUUACUAAGAUGGACGCCCCAGUGGUCAUUCUCAUUCAACUUGCAAGGAUUGGUUUUGAUGAGAAAGGGAAGGUAGAGAUUUGUAGUGCUUUCCAUGCAACUAAGAUAUCAUUUAAUAUGAAUUAUCCAGAGGUUAGGCAAUUUAUUGAAAGUGCAAAGACAUUUCCCUCUCCAACAAUCAGUACGAUAUCUGCAAGUGUUGCAUCUCAAACUUCCAAUCCUUUUGAAAGCACUCUUCUUAGUAGUCACCCUUUAAUUCCCAUUGCUGAUAUACCAAAACAGAGUGUGGAUGAUUUUUUCCUGAUUAAGUGUAAGGUUAUCAAGCUAGAGACUACUCAUGAUUGGAAAUAUGAGGCAUGUACAAGGUGCGGCUGUAAGCCAAAGGAAGAGGCUGGGAAGAAGACAUGUUUGAGCUCAGUGUGUAGGAAGAGGCCAUUGUAUUUCGAGUGGAAGAUGAGGGUGCAUUAUACAGUGGAAGAUGAGUCAGGAAGAGUUGUUGUUGCGUUCUUUGACAAGCUGGUUAGAGAAUUUGUUGGUAAAACUCUUGCACAAUUGGAAGAGGAGCUUAUCAAGAAGGAGCGUCACUAUGAUUUUCCUGAAGACCUGGACAUUCUUGUUGGUAAGACACUACUAUUGAAGCUGAAACUCAAGAAGUAUAAUGCUGAAUUCCCAAAUUCAAGCAUUUCUGUAUCUUCUUACACUCAUAUUGCGGAUCUUAUGGAUGAAUUUAACAAAGUUGGAGAGACAAGUGAAUAUGUUGCGGAUAAGGAUUCUCAGUAUGUAAUAGUUGAUGAAGAGUUGACUGAGGGCAGUGUUGUCCCCGAGUCAGUACCAUGUGUUACUAAUGCCAGUAUUGAUUUUGAGUCUGUGACAUGUGUUUCUGAGCCCAAUAUUAUCCCCGACUCUGUGCAACAUAUUACUGAGGGAAGAAAGGAGGAGCAUGCUGAUCUAGAUGAGGUCCCUUUAUCUCAAAUCAAUCCAACAGCAACAUAUAAAGGAAAGAGAAAGAUUGGUGCAAAAAAGAGUUCUGUUGUCAAAUCCAAGGAUGUGAUUAAGUCCGACGUAUCACCUGUGAAGAAUGCUUGGAAACCUUUGAAGGCUAUCAAACAGGAGAAGAACUGAGGACUUGAAGUUAUUCCUGUUGCUUUUGUUUUCAAGAAUAGGUGGAAUCACCUUUGUUAUGUAUUACUUUCCUUGUCUGUAUUUUGCUGUCAUGGUCGUGUCUGCAGCAAUUAUGCUAAGUUGUUGUUUGCAUCAGUUAUUUUGGCCUUCAGUGGCAUUGUUUGUAGAAGUUACUUGACUUAUCUGUCAUUGUAAUGGGGGAUGAAUUCAUGUCAUAUUAUGCAUGUACUAUGUCAAAUUAUGAAAUGCAGUAAUAUUAUGGUAUUUAGCUACUUACGAAAA